AUGGACAUUCGUGUCAUGCUGAACCCAGACAGUACCGAGGAGCAGCCACAUAAAAGAAGACGGAUCUCUCCUCCGAAAAGUGACGCACCGGGAAACGCGCGAUCUUCUGCCCGCGGGCGGCGCAGCGAUCGCGACACGCACAAAAAGCGCAGGCUGCAGAGAGAAAGCCCAGACACAGGCCGCAGCCAUCCUUCCAAGCACGGAGCGAACCCCAGUACGCCGAAGCGUCGUCACAAGAAGACACCCUCCACGAGCAGCGCCUCCUCCUCGGGCAUGUCCCCCGCCAGGCUCCUCCUGUCCCAGGCGCGCGAGACCGUCCAGCGGGACCCAGGGAGCAGGCCGCAUGGCCGGAAGCCGUUCAUCAUGGAUGUCAUCCUGGACGCGCUCCCGCCGCCGACGGAGUUUCGCGAGGACAUCCUCAUGGAAGCGCUGGAGCGGAGCGAGCGCUCGGGCCUCCUGCCAUCUCCGCGGCGCACGUAUGCGUUCAAGGAUAGGGACAGCCUGGAUGCGUAUUGGGCCGAUCAAGAGCUGAUAUGGAAGGACGCGUACCAUGGGGACCAUCUCUCGGAGACGUCUUUGACUCGGGCCAAGGUGUCUGCGGAACGGUCAACUGCUAUGUGGACCUGUUCAUCGGACGUCUCAUCAGACAAUGAACAGAAUCCCUUGUGA